AAUACACCUAACACAGGCACCUUUCCCUACCCGCAGAGCUGGCCAGAGUUGUUAUGAAGGCAGGAAGCAAGUGAUGGGUGAAGCAGCAGCGUCGUUACCAACCACAGCCCCCACUCUCUCCCGGAGAUAGGGGUGGCCCGGCCCAACACCCAGACAGAUGGAAUGGUACCAUACACAAUGGCUGACACAACAGCUCCGAGUUCGUGGAUCGUGGCGUCGCCAGCUGUGAGUACCUCUGCCUCCCUCCUGCCGCAGUUCCCGGCGGCCUUCUCACCCUACAACAUAUUUACAACCCUCAACUGCUGUGAUCGGGAAGGCGCUCUGAUCGGCGGGUCAGCUGCUACCGCCUGCAAGCCAACAGAGCUGGUGUUGGGUGACGUGCUGGGUUUGGGACUGCAGGUGCUGGACUUCACCAUGAGCUAUAUGCCCACCUCUGUACCAUACAUGCCCUUUCCUGCGCCGUCACCAACACAUCAACCUUCCAUGUUGAACAUGUCUGGAGGUGUGCCAUCUUCCAACUCAGCAAUCAUGGCUUCAGUAGAAAUGGCAGACGAUCCUGUUGCAAAGGCUGUCAUGGAGAACGCCUUGGGCAGAAUGCCGCCUAAAAAACCCCGAGUGACUGUACGAUGUGAAGUUUGCAAUUUGGAAUUCUCUUCGCAGACAGUUUUAGAUUCCCACUCAGCUGGUUCAAAACAUCAGCGUAAAGUUAAAUCGGCAGAUUUAUUGCGGACUUUAGAAGAAACUGAGAAAGGGUUUGAGCGGGAUGAUGUGAGCGGAGUGAUCAGAUGUGUUGUGUGCGAUGUAACGGUCAACUCGCCUCAGCUGUUAGCGACACACAUUGCAGGAAAUAAGCAUAAGCAGCGUGCAGCAAAACGUGCCAGUGGCUCCAGUGACCCUCCGCCUAAGAGGCCAUGUACAACAGCACCUGGGGUCACAGGCUGCUCCAAUGGUGGGACAGGGACUCCGUCGGAACCAUCGAGCUCCAACAUUGAUAUCCCCGAGUGCGUCACCAAGUUAGAGGACACAAAAGGAGGGGGAAAAUACCUGUGCAACCCUUGCCAGGCGCACUGCAAUUCUGAGCAACAGCUGGCUCAGCAUUUAUCAUCGAGGAAGCACAUGGAUAAAGUGAGUGGACGUAAACCACAAGGCAGUGGUUGGAGGGGAAGACGACGCCCUUCAUUCCGUGGUGGACGCAUGGGUCGUCCACGAACUCACACCUACACUCAACCCCUAUCAUCCAACUUUGUUGCUGGCGGUGAACUGCUGUGAGAGUCUAGAAAGUCACGGAUAAUAACAAUGCUGUAGGUUAGGAACUUAUAGUUCGGGCAGGUACAUCUCCAGUGCUAAUUUCUUAACUUGGUUACCAUUUUGACAAAUAUGGAAAUAUUGUAAUUUGUUAGAAAGAUCUUUGUGAAUUUCAUGUAUUGGAUGCUGUGCCAUUUCUAGUAGAUUUACCUUUUUUUUUUUUAGUGUUUAUUAUAGAAAGUUAAAACUUAACUAGCAAGUUAAAAUGCUUGGAAGCAUGUUUUAUCUACAAAAUAUUAUAACAUGUAUUUGUAUGGACAUUGAGCAUCAUGUUCUUUUUUUUAAGCAAUACUACUGUUCAAAGUCUGCUUUUAUAUAAUCCAUUCAUGAUCCCGUCCCAUUUAGCACAGUUUCUGCAUGUCUAAACAUACACAAUUAUUUUAAAUUUCAGUGGUUUUCAAUGUGAGCUUUAUAGGCACUGGAUUUCCACCUGCCAUGGUCUUACCAAUCAUAAGAGAUGGCUGUUAACAGUACGUAGGAGAUCUUUAAGGUAGCUGACAUUACCUUUAAGGUGGCUACUUUUAAGGUAGCUGUGCGGUAGCUCACCUAUAGCACUUGACACUACAGAGUGUGCGAACUUGAUUGCCGGUCUGGAGGAUCAUUCGCAGGUUUUUGUAUGCAUGACUUAGUUCAGAUGCUGUUAAUCCCUCAUAGUGCAAUCCAGUCAUAUUAUUUACAGCAUUUAAGUUUUUGUUAAGUAUUUGAAUCCUUUUCCAUCAGUAGAUGGAGUAAUCUUGAAAGAGCAUCCUAGACGUACACAUAACUGCACCUUUAAUGUAAUUUGGUUCAGAGCAAGAUUUUAUGCAUUCUUCUUCUUAUACAAGUUGGAUAAUGAAGCUGUAAGGAGGAUUUCUGAUUAACAAAAUGAAUAUGGUAUAAAUGCAUUUUUAACCCAUUUACUAAGCAUAGUAAAAGUAAUAAGGUAUUUGUUGGACUGUGGCAAUGCAACACAUGAAAAUUAAGUGGAGUUACCUUGAUACCUAAAUACCUGCUUGGUGGGGUUCUGGGAGUUGUUCUACUCCCCAAGCCCGGCCCGAGGCCAGGCUUGACUGGUGAGAGCUUGGUCCACCAGGCUGUUGCUUGGAGCGGCCCGCAACGACAGCAGCCCGUUACGACAUCACAAAUUAUACAAUACAGUACUGUACUGUAGUCUUGACAGACAAAAGUUGGUUCAUACCUUAAUUGAUUUUGAAUUUUCAAAGUUUGGCAUUUUAUAAUUCCAUGAAUUUGUGUUCAAAUUCAAAUAAGCAUACAGUAUAUUGAAUUGUUGUUGUCAGAAUGAAUGGCUUUCCAGUUGCGUGCCACUUUGUAGUAGAUAUUGGGACGUGGCAUUUUUUGGCGGUCAUUGGAUUAAAGUCGGUGCUACUGAUUUUAAAUUAAUUAAUGAACAUAAUGUAAAUAUGAUGUGAUUUUUUUUUAUAUAUAUUAUGAGCAUUAAUAUAAAGAAAUCAUUUUUGUUGACAUAUCAAAAAGUGGUAACUGGAAAUUGAGUGACUGUUAUGCUUCAAUUAAAAUACCAAAAUUACAGGUUCAGUUUUUUUAGUUCUGUACAUGACUUGAGAUCCAGGGUUAGGAGUAGCAUAAGAGUACAGUAAUAUAUCCUAAACAAGGUUUGAAGAGAAUGGUAAUAAUUUAGACAUCAAAGGUAGUCAGUCAGUUUUAUUGUCUGUUGGAUUUAGAGGCUCUAAAUACUGUCCCAGAACUGUAGAUGUAUAUACCCCAUGAGAACUUCAGACAGCCUCAUCAAUACUUUCUGGGGAAUUAACACUGUGGGGGUGAUAAAAUGUUCAUAUGUAAACAUUAUUGUUGAUGUAGGAAAUAUUUUUAUUUAAGCAAAUUCUAGAUGAAAGGGCCACAGUAGUGACACAUUGCUUCUAUGUCUAUAGAUUAUCUGCCAACAGGAAGGCGUUAUGAGGAUUUUAAGAUGUGUGUCACAAGUUCGGUAAGAAAUUGGCUGGUGUUUCAAACUCGGCUUGGAAAAGUUUGAAACAGAAAUGGUUCUCAGAGCUACAGUUGAUUUUGUCAUGGUUCAUUCUUAACCUGCCUCUGCACAAGUGGAAGACUCCCCACCUCUGCACAAAAGGCGCAACUCACUUUGCACGAAAAACCGUUGAUCGUGAUUGUUCCGAGACGAUCAUCCAUCACCUGUUGCUGGUGCAGAAAUAUACACAGCAUCACGAGUCUCAGAUGGAAAUUCAUGACAUUGUGCUUCAGUUAAAAUCCAGCACUGUGCUGAGUAAUUUUCAGAAUCAUAUUUAUAAGUUAAUAAAGUUUACAAAUGGU